CCCGAAAGCAGACCGAGUCACCUUCGUUGAUCCAGUCUUCCUAACUACCGGGGAACCGCAUACUUGCAGUUGCACGUUCGCCGGACCCAGGAAGCGGAAGCCCCGGAAAGAGAGAGAGAGAGAGAGAUGGCGGCUACCACCACCGCCGGAGGCGGAACCCCCGGCGAGGGUCCGAAGAUAGUGUGGAACCAGCCCCAGCAGAGGUUCGAGACGGAGGACAAGAAGGCCUACCUCCAGUACGCGCUCCGCGACGGGGGCACGGUGAUGGACAUCGUCCACACCUUCGUCCCUCCCUCGAAGCGGGGCCUGGGCUUGGCCUCCCACCUCUGCGUCUCCGCAUUCCGACACGCCAAGACCAACUCCAUGUCCGUCGUCCCUACCUGCUCUUACGUCUCGGACACUUUUCUUCCAAGGAACCCAACUUGGAACUCUCUUUUGUACUCUGAAGAUCUCAGGUCUCAUAUGUAAAUUUGCUAUUAAAUGUUUGGUGAAAAUAAAGGCAAGUCUGUGAGCGUCAAGGGAAUGUAGCUGCUAGCUCGAACUGCUCUAUUCCCCCCGCAUAAGGAUGAUUGUUCCCAUAUCGCAUUUACAGAUUCUUCUUGGGUCUGUAGGCGUUAACACACCUUCGAGAGAUAUAAAAACUUGCCAUAAUUCUGGUUUUAAAUA